AUGCGUUUCUCUUUCACCGCUGCCGCUCUCUCCGCCCUCGUCGGCUACUCUGCCGCCCACACCCUUACUCUCGACCUCUACGUCAACGGCAAGCCCACCGGCGAUGGUGACGGUCGUGCCAUCGGCGGCAACGGCGCCAAGAAGUACAUCCGCAGCCCUCCCAACAACAACCCCGUGAAGGACAUCACCAGCCCCGACAUCGUCUGCAACGUCAACGGUGCCAAGGCCCUCACGGACUUCGUCCCCGUCGCUGCUGGUGACGACGUCAGCGUCGAGUGGUACCACAACACCCCCGGCGACGACAUCAUCGACCUCUCCCACAAGGGACCCGUCAGCACCUGGAUCGCCCCUUACACCGAGGGCGCCGGCACUGGCCCCAUCUGGACCAAGAUUGGCGAGCAUGCCUACGAGAACGGCAAGUGGGCUGUUGAGACUCUCGUUGCCAACAAGGGUGUCUCCGAUCCCGUCACUAUCCCCAAGUCUCUGAAGGCCGGCAAGUACCUCAUCCGCCAGGAGAUCAUUGCCCACCACGAGUCCGACACCACCUACGAUGUCAACCCCGCCCGCGGCGCUCAGUUCUACCCCGCCUGCAUCCAGGUCGAGGUCACCGGUACCGGCUCUGAGGUUCCUCCCCAGAACUUCGACUUCCAGACCGGCUACACCUACGCCGACCCCGGCAUCCACUACAACCUGUACAGUGCUGAUGCCACCACCUACAAGGCCCCCGGCCCUGAGGUCUGGACCGGUGGUGCCGGCUCCGGCUUCGGCUCCGCCCCUGCCCCUGCCCCGUCUUCUGCUGCCCCCGUUCCUACCACCACCGCUGCCCCCAUCGCCUCCAGCGCCGCUGCCCAGCCUACCACUCUGGCUACCUCUGUCGCCUCGGCUGCCCCCGUUGCCAGCUCCAGCUCCGCUGCUGCCCCCGUCGCCACUCCCACCAAGGCCCCCAGCGCCGGCUGCAAGCGCCGCCGCUCCCGCAAGGCCCGCCGCUCUGCUCACUAA